AUGGACAAAUUGACCCAGAAGGAGCUCGACUGUCUCCUCGCGCUCCGCGACCUGAAACUUGGUGGCGCCGUUCAGGACGUGGACACAGCUUCGGUGACCAACAACAGCGGUCACACUGGCCAGGGCCCGGAAGUGGUCAAGCCUGUUCCCAUCCAAAACAAGGACGACUACUUCUACAAAGACAUGAUCAAAAAUCUGGAGGAGAUGGAUAAGGUCGCCAAGGAGAACCCAGACUAUUGCCUGGCGUCUUCGCUUACCAUGCGCUCUGUCCGAGGCGGCGACUCGAAGUGUACCAUUCAAAGCGUUUUUGGGGCUCGGGUCAGUCCAGUCAGUGCCGCGGAGGGAGUCCCGAGGGAUCAUAAGGACCCCAUUGCUCAAGUUGCCGGUGAUUCCGACGAGGACGAUAAGAACGAGGAGGAACGCCUCAAUGAGAUGGUUGGUGCUGGAGCUCCCAAUCUGAUAACAAACGAGGAGCUGUUGAGGACUCCAGCCACAUAUGCUCGCUCCUGCUGCGACGGUCGAAAUGUCCUACGAGGCGUCCUACGCAAGGAGGGCGAAGAUUGA